ACACUUUAGGACAUGUAAAUGCAAAUGUAGUAAGUAUAGAUUAACAAUUUAUCUCUCUCUGGCGCUCUUCUCAAGACUACCAUGACUCCUCCCUGUCUUUAGUCUCCUCCGCAGCUCAGCCGUCUCCCCACCGUGACUCUAUUCCGGCGGCCACCUUCUCAAAAUUUCCGACCAGAAUUUUCUUCUGCUUUUGGAAUCCUGAUGUUGAGGGUUACUGAUUUAUGGGGUCAGAUUUCGUGUGGGGUGCUUCCUCUGUGCUAGAUCUUGGAUCUAAAAUUCUUUACGGGGUGAUUUGUACUAUUUUUUUUUUCUCCGUUCACUCAUCGCUGGGUUCAUACUGUCGAUUACAGUUUCUACCUCAUCUCUGAGGCUUUGUUUUGCUCCUCCGUCUCUUAACCACGAGCCGCUUCUCCGCUGAUGUCGACGCCUCCCAUCCUUUCCCGAAGCUUUUCCCCUCCUCUGUCAAUGGAGUCUCCUGAAGCUGUUUCAUCUGGGUUUCUCCCCCUGCCGCCUGAACCAUCAGACCCCAAUCUCGACGUGUUGUUUCCGAUGUUUCCCCCUGUCCCUCCAGUUCCCCCGACCCUCCACCGAUUCUCAUAGAUGUAGGUGUGCUAUCUGUCCAUCCUCUGGUGAUGCAUCCUUUACAAGAUGAAGCCGAUCUCUCCAGCUCUCUCACCACCAGACGAGUCUCCUCCUUCCUCCAACUAAUCCCGGUGUCAAAGCCGAGAAACUUGGUCUCUUGUGGCGAAUAUGUUUCGUUUAAUUAUCAACAAGAGGCAGGGGGUAUUGAGAUCUCUGUGGCAAGGUUCUUGGGGUUACUGACAGCUGACUGCAAGCUUAAUUUCCUUCAAUACUCAACACCUCAAGUUCGCGAGGACUGGACUUCGAAUGUUGAGAUAUUGGUGGUGGUGGGUUUUCUGUAUGCAGCUUUUAUUACCUCAGUGAAACUUCUUGGAGUGCAGCUCUCCACUGCAAAGUGCAGUUCUCAGUCAAAGCCGGUCUUUCAUUCGAAACCUUGGUCACAUGUCGUUGGACUCAUCUCCCUUUGCUCCAUGCUUUCGCAAGGUUUGUCUAUUUGGCCAUGGCGGUUCGCCUCACAGCAAUCAAUCUUGUGGAAGAGGUGUUUGGUAGCCUCUGAGUUUACUGAUGUACCCUCCCUAAUCGGGUAUGUUGAGAACUUCCCGACUUGUUCGGCUUAUGGAACGUGGAUCGUGAGUUCUACUCAAAACGGCAAAGCUGUAACGCUGCAGAAAGUUCUACACCAGUCAUUAUCAUCUGGAUUCUCAAGUCUUCAGAUUCUAGAGGACUCAAUUGUCUUCUUCUUUGCCCUGUGCUCGGGGUUGGUUUUGAUUGAGAUUACGGGUUUCUUCAUAGGUAGGAACCUUGUCCCUCUCGUCAUACCGUUAUCAUGUCUUUAUAAUAUAGGUUCAGCCUUCUGUUUAACUGUUGUUGCUUUUGUAAUGGGUGGUGUCCCCAAACUUUGUGGUUAAAGUACUCUGUUUGGAGUUUAUGAAAUAAAAACGUU